GACCGGGGGGCAAUGUGCCUGCGGAGCUGGGUGGUGUCUAGUUUCCCUCAAGUUAAAAGGGGAAACAGCCCCUUCCCCACCUAAACCUUGCCACAGAGGAAGAACCACUUUCAAAGUGGAUGCAGGACAUCUGCAUUACAUGAGGAAGGCAGAAGAGCUUCCAUGGGGACAGAGUGAGGAGUCUGCACGCCAUACGAUGGACUACGAAACACCACCCAUAUCAGAGCUACAGCGUAUCCUGCAGUGGGACUUUGGCUGUACUGGGCCCAUCAAUCAAGUGUGGCCAGGAGUGUACAUCGGCAAUGCGGCAGCUGCUCGGGACAAGCCCACCCUCCGUGACAUGGGCAUCACCCACAUCGUGAACAGCGCCCACGGGCCAUUGCACAUCAACACCGGAGCACGCUUCUACAGGGAGUUGCCCAUACACUACUAUGGCGUGGAGGCUGAUGACGCUGAAGACUUCGACCUCAGUCCCUUUUUCUACCCAACUGCAAAAUUCAUACGAGCAGCACUUUCCCAAUACGGAAGGGUGUUGGUGCACUGUGCCAUGGGACUGAGCCGGUCAGCCACCCUGGUGCUUGCGUACCUCAUGAUCUGCGAAGGGCUCCCCCUGCUGGAGGCCAUCCACACUGUCAGAAAGCACAGGGACAUUUGUCCAAAUUCUGGCUUCCUGGAGCAACUCAGGCAUCUCGAUAUGGCCCUGCAGCAGGAAAGGUCGUCAGCACGGGGUACCAAGAAGCUGUGAAUAUGACAAAGUCAACAUCAUUUACACUGCAAGCUUCAUCAGAAGAAGACUUCAUAGACUGUAGCAAGGAUUAUCAGCAACAAUAAGCAAUACUGUAAUUAUAAUAAUUAUUAGCAGUAUUAAUUUUAGUAGUAAUAUUAGUAGCACUAAUAGAACUAAUAAACUGCAGGUAGGUCAGAGGACAAGCACCACCACUCACCUGCAGUUAAUCACUAAUGAUCUAGAACGGGGUGAGUAAUUUUAUUAAAGGGCAGGUGUGUAUGUAGGUUUUCACUGCAACUGCCUAAUUGGGUGACUAAUUAGAGGACUGAUUGGCUCACACCUGGGUUUGAACAGCUGACCUAAAGGUUAUCCCAAAAACCUGCAUACACACCAGCCCUUUGCAGAUAAGAUUGCCCCCCCCCCCCGAUCUAGAACAAGUCUCUUAUCUUUUUGAAAUCCCAAUAAAUUUUCUCCUUAUCUUCA